ACUUCAAGGUUGCACAACAGUGUGUCUGAUGACCUCAACAAGGUGCGUUUUGUAAGGAAAUCUUCAGUUUAUUUAACUAACGUAGUGUGUCCCAAGAUGACCAGUUGUUCGAGAUGUCUACAGCAACAGGACGAGUUUUCUCCGCUGUGAUGCUUGCUUCGUUACGUCGAGGGGUAUUUGUUCAUAACGCCACACGGACUGUUGGCAGAGUGAACAGUGUGCGUUCACUAGCUCUGAGCUCACAGGCAUCGGCAGAGUCCAAAGACGGCGAUAAAGAAGUGAACAAUGUGCCCAUCAAGUUCUCCACCAGUAAAGCCAGUCACCGGAGUUGGAAAGUUGACCGCUCCAUGGGGAGUCAGUAUGAGCGGCCCUGGUGGAAAGUCCUCCCAAUCAGCCUGUUUUUCACUGGCAUAAUACUGUGGUGUGCAUUUAGAGGACAGACAGACAUGGACAAGCAACUGGAGAAGCAGCUGUUUGAGCAUUUACCCGGAUUGCUUCCAGAUGAGAAGGAAGAAGCUCAAACUAAAUAAGUUACAAAUGUGGGACUUGUAUGUAUAUAUAGGCCAUUUAAUGUAUCUCUGUAAUAUGCCAUUGCUCAAACACUGAAUGUAUAACAGUAAAAGCUGCCCAGUGCAGAGCAUUUGAUGGAACACAUGGAUUAAAAGUCAUUUUAAUGCCACAA